CUAAUAGCCGAAGGAUAAUUUCGUACGCAGUCGGUGAAUUAUUUACAAGUAAUAUUUUGCUACUGUUUUGACAAAUUAUAAGAGACGAAGUCUUUUGCUCCGUUUUCUAAAAGAUACACUUGCGAACUGAAUUGUAAAUUGUGUUGCUAUGCGCCCAUUUACAGGGAAACUGUUAUGCUAAUGGACACUUGACGUAUAGUGGAUAGAGAAUAAAAUAUGGUCGUGCGUUUCGCCUGACGAGAUAAAGUGGUGAUGUGUGAUCAAACUGAAAUUGUGUAUUCGGACGGGGAAGUGGUAUGGGUGAAGCUGGAGCGCUUGUGCUGGUGGCCAGGUGAGGUGGUGGGGCCGGAGAAGCUGCCGCCAGAUGUGCUACCAUCCUUUCGGAAGCCUCCAAUCGCUGUAGUCAAGUUCUUCCAGGAGGAUACUUUUGAAUAUGUCAAGAACAUAAAUGCUAUCUACAAAUAUAAUUGCAGUCGGAAAAAUGAAUUCAUCAAUAAAGGACUUAGUCUGUAUCGGUCGAAACAUGGCCAAAUGGAUAAGUUCCCAGAAGAUGUUGUUAAAGCAGAAGCUGCUUGUGGAGGUGACAUAGACAUUCUCUGCCGGGACGAGUUUCAAGAGGUGAAGAAAGAAACCAAUAAGAUGCUAGGCCUCUUUGGUGAACAAACUAAGAAAGCAGGUAGAGGCAGAGGCAGAUAUCCAAAAGAAUCUCCGAGCGUAUCUACUCCUACUAGAAAGUUCAAGGAAAAGAGCGACUACAAAGUUCACAUAUUGGUACAACACAGUCAACCAAAGGAACCAGUGAAUCAACCCGCGGACGCCGCCUCCACACCGUCCACCAGUCGCGCGGGGUCUGAUGUCACUGAUGAUAAACCGCCGAAGGUGGACACUCCGCCCUCGAGCUCCUCCACAACUGUAAUGUCUAGUGCCGGUACCUAUGCUUGUCCUUCUUGUUCAUUUACCACUUCUCGACUAAAUGUUUUAAUCCUACAUAAUAAAACACAUAGUGUUACGUUCACACCAUAUACGCCGUCGCCUGUCCGCAAAAAACCUGCAACGAAACCAAUAACAAAAUCUACUCCCAAAACCUCCAAACAGCCGAAGAGUCCUCGGCCCCGUAAAGAAAACUCUGAAAAAGCUCCUAAAAAGCCAUCUCAGGGCAAAAAGCGUGCUGCAGAGGAAAAACCAGAUGCUGAUGUUAAGAAAGCCAAAACAGAUGAAGAAAUUAAGAGCAGUCUUUUAGCUGACUGGGACGAUGAUGCCGAUGACGAAUCUAAUGAUGAAUCAGUUGGCUUGUUGGUUACUAGAUCUCCAGAAGUACCUGCAGGUUCAGAGUCUCCAGCUGUACCAACGCCAGCGGAAUUGCCGGACCCUCAGUUGUCUAGAGCGACGACGCCACCUAUCGAAAAGAAAACGGAAGAGACCGCUGCUGAAAAACCAGAGUGUUCAAGUGACUCUAAAUAUGAAUUUUGCGAGGAUGAAGAUUGGCCUGUGGAGGCAGAUGUUGGCAGAAAAAUUCCCCGUGUUAAGAAUCCAUCGAAACGUAAAGAAGACACGAAAAGCCUUAGCCUUGAUGAAGAUGAAGUGGCAAAAGAGGUUGCAGAGCUGCUUAACAAAACCGCAGUACCAGAAUUACCAUCAGUUCCAGAACCACUUAAAGUCGAGGAAAAUUUUCCUGAACCUUCGAUCGUAAAAUCUCCGGACAAAAAAUCAGACAAUGCUGCAGAAUCCAAUAAAUGUGAAAAUACUGGUGCUGAAACAAAACCGACAAAAGCUAUCUUCAAAACUAAAACGUUUUUUCGGAGCAGACAUUCUAGAAGCCAAGAUGCAAUAGGGAAGUACGUUGCAGAACAAUUAAAUCCCGAAAGAAUUGACUUGUUGGACAAUGAUAUUAAUGGUUCUGAAGCCGUGUCGUCUCCUGAAGCAAGAGAAUCCCCUCCGAUGGACCACGUGAAGGUGGCUCGUCUGGCGCCUAAAAUGCAACUCAAGAAAAUUAAAGCUCAAUUACGAGAAAAAGAAAAAAAUGUUACAGAUUGGAUGGAGACUGUAGAAGCUACAAAAUCUGAAAAUAGAGAUGCUACAGAUUUUCCACUAGAUAAUACCAAUAUUAUAUUGCCACAAAAAUCUUCGCAGGAUGUUAUUUAUCCUACACAAGAGAUCAAACCUAUUAAUAAAGAUGUAACAGAUAAAAUACACCACAGGGAGUCCAAUAAGGUAGAAAUAGAUAAUAACGAUAAAAUGAAUGAAGAAGUGAAUAAACAAUCAAAUGAAAUUGAUAAGGCUAGUGAUUUGGUACAUGUAACUUGCGAUGAAAAUAUGGAGUUCAGCAAAUCGGCACAGAGUGAAGUAAGUCCAUUGGAAUUGAUAGAAAGUGCUGAUAAACCUGGUGAAGAAUUGUAUGAUACGCCUGAACGUAAAUCAUGUGUUCAAGAUAAUCAGAGUGAAAUGGAAAUUUCGAUAGAUGAUAAAAAUGAAAUAUCUAGUAAAUAUAAAAAAGCUAUUAAUAAUAAAGAAGACAUAAGUUCUGAAUCCAAUGCACAAAUACUGGAGGAUAAUUCAAUGAACGCUAGUCCUGAAAAAGGUAAGGUAUCUUUAGAUGAUACCUCUAACCUCAAGCCUCAAACGGCAAGUUUGAGUAAUUUUAGUACCGUUGAAGAUAUAUGUGAGCCUAGUCCUCCAAAAACACCUAAAAAGUUAGACAUGGCUCAUGUUUCACCAGUAAAGUCAAGUCCCCUGAAAUCGUACCAGCAGGUAAUCGAACCAUACAUGAACGAAUCAACUGCGUCAGCUGUAGAUGCCUUAUUAAGUGUAUCCAGGGAAGCAGAUAGAGUUCCCAGAAUUAUUGGUAGCGGGCCACCAGAAGAUUUGUUUGAAGACGACAAUAAGGAAGCUAUGGGUACUUAUGAUGGUGUUAACGUAAUAGUGACAGAUAAUGGCAUUUGUAAAGAUCUUGAAGCAAAUCAUGAAAAAACAGAUGAACUUGUACAAGAUUUAAAUGGAAUUACCAAUAAUGAAUUUGUACACGAAAUCGUCACUCAGAGCGUUGAAAGCGAAAUACCUUCAAAGGGUAAUGAGAUGAUAGUUGACAAAGAAGAAACUGCAGCCGAGACUUUGCCAUCAGAGUCCGAUCUCCAAAUUGCCGAAACGCUUCUCAAUUUGCCAUCCACAGCUCUCCAAAAUAAAUCAAAAGACCUUCAAGAAAUUGUGAGUGUACCUAUGUGUAUAGAUAACCAGCAGUUUGAAGAAGUUACCGAAAGUAUCGUAGAAACUGUAGUCGAAAAUGACGUAAAAUCUUAUGGAGCCGAUGAAAUUGUAGUUAACGACGUGAAUUCGGAUCUUCUAAUAAAUAAAAAUAAAAACAUGAAUAUCCGCUACGAAACAGAACAAGAAAAAAGCGAAAAUCUAAAUGCUGCUCAAUCUUUAGUGGAAAUGUCAGAAUCCAUUGAUCAUAAAUUGAAUAUAGCAGAGAGCAAUAUGUUAAAUAAUGACGAAACACCUAACACAAUACUCAGUGCAAAACAAAAUAAUGGAAUAGAAACUCCUUCAGUAGCACGUAAAGUCGAGUUGCCGUUGUCGAGUGAUAACAACAAUGACCAGUUAUCAAAUACUAAAAUCACUAAAUCUGAAAUUACAUCUUCUAGGUUGUUAAAGAUUUUAGAAGAACCAACCAAACCGAAAGCUCCUGCAACUAAGACUACACCUAUUAAGCAAACGACUCCUUUGAAACAAGUAUUCGUUUCGGGAAAAGAGAAAAUAUUGAACUUUGAUGUCGCAAAAGCAUCUAUAAAAUCAAAAUCUCAGGCACCUAAACAAAAGAUAAUCAUACGCCGGACUGGCCCUAGCAAGAACAUUAUAAACAACUUGAGUGAUGUAGUUGCUUCCCCAGAAAAAAUCAUUCUUUCUAGAACAAAUGUGUCCUCACAAGAUGGGUCUUCAGUACAAACUUUUACAAUUCAAGGACCAGAGAUAACUACUUCAUCUGAAGCUAAACAAAUUAUUAUUCAGCCUAAAAUUAGAAAAGUUAACCAACCCAAGACAUUGACUAAAUUACAAAAAAUAAAACCACAAAAUUCCCUUGUGCAGUGGAAUGAGACUAAAACCACGACGACUUCUAAAAUAUCGGUUACAGAGGAGCCAAUGUUCGAUAUCAAUUCCAUGCCCGUUGUUUUAUCAGAUGAUAUUUUAACGCCCGAAAGUAUUGAGAAAAUGCCGAUUGUUAUGCCAGAUGGUAAUAUUAUAACAAACACACCAACCCCGCCCAAAUUGGUCAAGACUGCAAAACCUACAAUAAUAGAAAAUGAAAAGGUUGCUAUAAGCGCAUCACCGGGUAAACCUGAACCUAAGUCAUUAAUUAUGAAUACUGUUACUACUACUACAGACGCUAACAAAGUAACAACACCAAAUAUUCUUUCGAAAUCAGCUAAAUUGCGAGGCGCAAAACCUAUGCUAGUCAUUGACAAAACUACUGGAAAGCAGAAAAUUAUUAUGACUAAAGCUGAGCCUACCGUUGUCAAGGAACCCAAGCCAACUCAAACUAUUAUACAACCAGUGCCUCAAACUGCAACCAAAACUGAAAAAUUCAUUAUCCUUCCUACUGGUGGUUCUCCGCGUCCUGCACGAGCCCAGAAGAUAGUUAUUGACCCACAAACUGGAAAAGCGCACGUUUUGGUUGCGAAGGGCCAGGAAGCACCAUUGAGUGGUCCUGCGGCCGAUAACAAACCUGUUUCGGCCAAGCUCAUACCUUCUUCAUCAGAUUCUAGCUCACCCGGUAACACUGUUAUGAUAAUUACCAACGCACAAGGAGCACAGUCGAGAAUAGUACUCACUCCCGAACACGAAAAAUUGCUAUUUCCAAAUAAGCACCAACCAAAUAUCUCACAGUUGAAACCAAUAACUCAAAGAAUAACAACAAACGCAUCAGCUCCCAAAACUAUUGUGAACGCAUCACCUGUUAAACAACCUACGAAAAUUGUCCCGAAACAGAAGAGUGCCAUUAUUACUUCAAAGGGUCAAUUAAUAGUUGGAGGUCGCGUUACUUCUACAGCACAAAAUAUUGCGCCGAUGCCUGAAAUACGACCCGCCCCUAAGCCUGAAAUACGAAGUGUUCCUAAAAAAAUAAUUGCCGCAGAACCUAAAAAACUGAUGCAAGCAAUACAGAAAAACGCAUCGGAGCCACUCAUAUUUUUGCAACAAAAGUCUGGUGCGGUCAUGCAGCUAACAGCCGCUCAGUUUGAACAUUUACAAAGAACUGGGCAGAUCGUACAAAAAUCGCCAGCGCCAGCACCGGCACCUGUUCAGGAGAAUAAAAUUGUCGUGCAAAAGACGAUUACUAUACCUCCUAAAGAAAUAACUGGACCUGUGUUACAGAAACAAAGGAUUAGAAAGUCAGCAGUAGCGUCACCGACCCCAGCUAAAAGAGUUAAACAAGAAAUACCUAUCGCUCCAGCGCCGACGCCUUCGGUGCCAACAAUGCCACCCUUGACCUCCCUUUCACACACUAUGCAGACACACUCGAUGACAUCGAUCGUUCCGUCUGCAUCUAAUACGGUUUCGGUCACAACUUCAAGUUACCCUGAUUUAAAUAACUUCGAAGAUCUUCUACCAACGUCGGCUAUAGUGAGACCCCCACCUGUAGUGGACCCUCCCGCGGUGGUAGCGCCGCAACCAGAGCCGGUGGCGCCGCCCGAGCCGGUGGCCGAGCCUCCGCCGGCGCAGCUCUCCGACGGACAACUGCUGGCAGUGCCCGGAGAGAACUUCGGAGGACCGCCGGGCUCUUUCUACCUAUGUGUAGAAGAUAACGGCACGUUAACCCCUAUAGACAAUCGUCCUCUAGUCUUGGAGAACAAUCAACUCGUUCCGAUGGCCAUAGAAACGAUGCCCGUAUUUGCCCCGCAGCCCGAGCGCAGAGAUAUUCUAGAGGCGGCUCUUGCGAACAGUGACGUGUUCCACGCUGACGUAACACGCGACGAAGCGCCGGACUUUAGAGACCUAAACGCGAACGUGUCGGUCCAUUGUCGCGUCUCCGAAACCAGUACAACUUUAAAUCAACCAAUAAUGACGCCCGUGGAAGUUCCCACUAAAGGAGACAGCGAGCCGACGGUCCCCUCUAACUUGGAAGACGGUCUCGCAGUGAUAGGCGUCACGCCACACACCGUGCCAACCUCGCUAGAACUACCGAUCACGGUCACCGAUCCGAGAAUAGCACCUAAAACCACAGACCCCUUGAGCAGCUCCAACUACGGGACGGCGUUGCUCACGUCGCCAAACACUGAUAUGCCCUUCGUGACCACCGAGGAGACGGAGGUGGUCGGAGGGCCCAUCUCGAUGCCCCUGCUCACGGACGACGAGUCUGUAGGGAAGUCGAUGCCCAUACUGACGGACGAUGUUGCCGAGAGGACAGUCUCGUCAGUGGAGUCGACGGUGGACUCGCCGUCGUCCAUCGACGUGCGGGAGUCGGAGAUGGAGGAGGGCGGGCAGUGGUCGCGGCGCCUGCUGACGCCCGGCACCGACGUAUCCGACGCGUCGGAGAACUCCGCCGAGAUCCCGUUGCAGCCUGCCAUACAGCUCUCAGGCGAUGAUCUGGCCCGCAAUAGCUAAAUGGGGACGAGGCCCGCGCGCAUCGCUUUGUUUAAAAGGUGAAUUUGAUGUUUUAUUUAUUACUAGAAAUUUUCUGAUGUUUACGAUAUUACAAACGUGCAAUAGAAUAAGUUUUAAACAUUUUUCCCGACGUACAUCAAGAAUAUUUUACGACAUACAUUAGUAGGAUUUAAGAACUGGAGUAAAAUCUGAAAUUCAAAAUUGAAAUGUGAGGCGAUUGUGAUGAUGGUGCCGUUUUAUAUCGGGAGUUAAGUGAAGCGGCGCGUGUGUAGUAAACGUGCGCGGACGGACAGACUGUGUAAAUAUAUGGAUAGGUAAUGUCGCAGCGCAGUACGCCUUCGGUUUGGACUUCUCAUUCAAACGUUUAAAAUAAUGCAUUAUGAGAAAAUAUUUAGAGUAAGAAUUUACGACUGUAAAUUUAAAUUGAAUUAUGAUAUUGUUGGAACGUAUAUUCUGUAAUAUAUGAAAAUUUAGGUAUAAUAAUAUUUUUAUAUCGUCUAUCAAACCUUGGGAUAGUAACGUUGUGUUACGCAGACUUGUACAUGGAUGUUUGUGCUACUGAUAGUUAUAUGUUACGACAGUAGUAGGGUGAGAGCUCGCGCGCUGAGCGGGCCGCGGGAAUAGGCGUGGUGAUUCACAAAAUGGCGGCACCAAAACUGAGGCCCUCGUGCAAAUUUUAAUAUCUUUUUUAUUAAAUACAAUUAUUUCAACAGAGGCAUUAUCUGUUUUUUUUAUCUACAUUUAAAUUUGUAUAAGUGUGGCAUUUGACCACCAAUUAGGCUUAAAGACCAGAUUGAGUUAAGAAUUCUUAAACUAGCUUCUUUUAAUUUGGAAGUAGCGAACGAACUGAUCUGAAAGAUACGACAGCGGCCACAGGGAUCUUAUUUAUGAUCCCGUCAUUUUGAAAUCACAAUUGUUGUAACUGAACGGGACUACUAUAAUAUCAUAAUUACAGUUAAUGUUAAGUACAAUAUUGUUGAAGUAACUUUAAAAGCUAUGUCGAAGGCACAUAUUGGUUUGUUUGAGUGAUCUAUUAACGGAACGGAAUGUAGAUCAAUAUGAAAAUUGGAGUCUUAGGAAUAUACUUCUAUGUAGUUUUAAUAAAUAAAGUUUAAUCAAA